UUUUUUGUUGCACCUCUACGCAAAGAAGAUGUUGGGCGUACUGCGGAUCCAAGGAGCGGGACAGGUGCGCCUCCUGUCCGCCCGCCUGCUGGCCAGCAAAUCCUCCACUGACAUGACCACAAACAGAUGCGAAUCAUCCAAAUCGCCGGCAGCGGAGCAUUUUGAUAUAAUCAUUGGCGGCGGAGGACUGGUGGGCACCACAUUGGCCGCCGCCCUGGCCAAGAAUUCCACGCUGGCGGACAAAAAGGUGCUGCUGCUGGAGGGAGCUCCGGAAUUCCGGGGAUUCGAUCCCACUGGACCGUACCAAAAUAGAGUAUCCGCCAUCAACAAGAACUCCAUUGAGCUGUUUAAGGCCAUAGACGCCUGGUCGCACAUCGAGGCCGCCCGGUACAAGCCCGUCAAGCAGAUGCAGGUGUGGGAGUCCAACACGGAUGCACUGAUCCAGUUCCAGCACGAUAACUUUGCCAGCGAUGUGGCCUGCAUCAUUGAGAACGAUCUGAUCCUGGAUGCGGUCUAUGCGAGGGUCAAGGAAGCUCCCAAUGUGGAGAUAUUGAACAAGGCCCGCAUCCAAUGCGUCCGCUUGCCCAAGGACUCUGGUGGCCAUCUCUCCGAGCUGCAGCUGCAGGAUGGACGCUCCUUUUCCUGCGAUCUGCUCAUAGGAGCCGAUGGCGCCAACUCUGUUGUGCGCAAGGAGAUGAACGUGGAUGUCUUCCAGCUGAACUACGAGAGGAUGGGCCUGGUGGCCACCUUGGAGCUGGGCGAAGAUGCCUGUGAUAACUCGGUGGCCUGGCAGCGCUUCCUGCCCAGCGGACCGGUGGCUCUGCUGCCGCUGACGGAUAGACUGAGCUCCCUGGUUUGGAGCACCACCAACGAGCAGGCCAAAAAGUUGCAAGCCCUGCCGCCGGCAGAGUUUGUGGAUGCCCUCAACGAAGCCUUCUGCAGGCAGUAUCCCCGCGUGGAUGUGGCCGACAAGGCUGUGCAGGCUCUCAACUCCCUGUUCGGUCACAAUGCUGGCCAGCAUCAAGUGCAGUAUCCGCCAAGGGUUUGUGGCGUCCAGGACAAGUCCCGUGCCACCUUUCCACUGGGCUUCCUGCAUGCCUCGUCGUAUGUCUGCCAUGGAGCAGCUCUGGUGGGCGACGCUGCCCAUCGGGUGCAUCCCCUGGCCGGCCAAGGAGUCAAUCUGGGCUUCAGCGAUGUGAGGUACCUGGUGGAGGCGUUGGCAGCCGGAGCCUAUGCUGGCUUCAAGCUGGGCGACAAACAGCAUCUCAUCAAGUACGAGCGCAAGUGUCUAACCAAGAAUGUGCCCAUCAUGCUGGGCGUCCAUGGACUGCACACCCUCUACUCCACGCAGUUCAGCCCGGUGGUUUUGCUCAGGAGUCUGGGACUGCAGCUCACGCAGAACUUGCCGCCCAUCAAAAACUUGUUCAUGCGGGGCGCAAUGGGUCAGUAGAUCAACGACAAUAAAUGUGGAUAUUAAAUCUUAAGUGUUUUAUAGUUAUUCAUCAUCACUUGUGAGUGAAAUAAAGUGAGAGUUCAUAGUGCUUACAACCUA